GUUCUUCACUGUGUAAGACGUCGCGUGCGCGAUCGAUCAAUUCUCGCGUAUCGUGUUUACAAGACUCCAAACGGACACUCGUACCUUCCCAGCAAUUGUCGGAGCAGUCGCCGGCGAAACAAUGACGGACAUCAGCAUGCAUCAGCAGUACCCCGGCCUCGACGUACUGUCGAGACCCGCCGAAGAAUUCGUCAACGACCCAAGCGUCGAGAGAAUGUGGGCCAUGAAAGCUAUGGAGCACGCGGAGGUUUACUUCAACAUUUUAUGUUCGGUCGAUCCAAAACUCUUGAGGCUUACACCGCACGACGACCUGAUCUACAAAACGUUCCGGGAGACGUUUCCUGAUAUGAAGGUGGACAAAAUAAACGAGGAGGAAUUGAAGUCUCACGAACAGAAGGAGAAAUGGAGACCCUUCUGUCAGCAAUUCAAGGACACCGUGGAGGACUACAGUUUCGGUACACUGAUGAGAGCGGACUGCACCGGGGAGUACUCGGAGGAGAACAGCAUCCUCACGACCAGGAUACAGUUUUACGCCGUUGAGCUUGCGAGGAACAAAGAGGGUCUCAAUGACAUCGUGCGGAAAACAUACAAACCGAAGGAGAAUGUUAAGAAGUGAUCGGACAGCUUGCUGAGUCACAACUAGUUACGUUAGUACCGUCGAAGAUACAUUCGAACACUCCCCGUUUCUCGGUAUAUAACUCUAUUUUACAGACAAAGUGUAUAUAUAUACACAUAUAUAUAUAUACACACAUGCACACACAAUUCGUAACAAUUUUGUAAGAUAUUGUAGGUAAUAACAGAGAGAGAGAGAGAGAGAGAGAGAGUUGGCGAUGGAGUUGUGGCAAACGAAUGCGGCGCGCUGCUGUUGUUGGAUUAAUUUUAUUAACAAUAAAAAACAAAGGUGAAGCGAA